AUGACGGCCUCCGCCAAUGUUGCCAUGUCCAUGGACGUUCCCCCAGAUCAAAAUACAGCUCCAGUCCUCGAAUUCCGUUGCCUCUAUACAGCUGAUACCCGUCGAAAACAAAAGCGUUGGCAAGAUGGGCGACUCAAAUAUCACACUUUCAAUAAGCGUGUUAUGGUGUUCGACGAAAGAUCGAAUUUGGUAGGAGAUGCACAUUGGCGCGAAAAAGCUCCACUUGACGAAGGGGCCGAGUUGGAAUUAGAAAGAAAUGGGAUACUGGUCGAAGUAUCGGAAUUUAUGGAGAAGAAGGACCAAGAUCUUACCGAGCUCAUUGACAAAAGAGUUAAAGAAAGGGAGGAGAGAUUUAUUGCAAGAAACGGAGACUCAUCACCAGCACGAUCCGCAGCAUCUGUCAUUCGGUCGCAAACUAUUGCUGCAGCUCAUCUAAAGCCGAAACCACUCAACUCUAUACUUGGCACACCUUCCGGUCAUUACGGAAAGGCAAGUGUGUCAAAAACGUCUCCAUUUGAACAACGGCAGAUGUUAAACGCUAGAAAUGCCGGCGAAACCGAAAGUCCUAGGCCCACGAAAAGAAGAAAGGUAAAUGAGCCGCCACCCAAAAAUGGAUUUGCGCAAAAUCUUAUGGGGGCUACUUUGUCGUUUACGCCGACGCCAUCGAGCACCGGGCCUAUAAGAUACGAGUCUUUAAAACUGAAGACAGUCCAACGACCAGAUAUCAACGAUACUAAAGCAAAUGGAGACCAUGGUGAAGACAUUUUGUCAAACGGAAGACAAGGUUUGGCAAGUCAUAUCACUAGGGAUAUGCAUUCCUCUAAAAGUCGAAUACAAGCAAGAAAGAGAGAUAAGCCCGAGAGAAGUGGAUAUGCCAGCAACCUUACUGGAGCGUCUCUAUCGCUUUCGUCUUUUCGUGAAGCCACGCCCAGAAACGUAGAAAGAAAUUUAGUCAUGCAGAAGAAACAACCAAAAACAAUCGACUUGUCAAUAGACACAAGCUCUGAUGAAGAUGGCCGCCCAGUUCCAGUAACAAAACCGAGGGAAGUUGCCCGGAAGAAGAAGAAAUCUCCACCCAACAUAUCUGAGCAGACACCGCAAUUACCAUCCCCGCCAUCAGCAAUUAUACCAGUACCUAAAGAAGCAGUCAAAGUAUCGAGUACAAGGCUAGAGUCUCAGAACAAUGCUUCAUCACUGAACAAGCCACAGGAAAGAUCUCAUUCUUCUCUACGUAUCAAGUCUCGCCCACGCAAUAAGAUGUUGAUGUGUAUAGAUCAACUCAGGUCUCGAUCUUCUCCAUCAGAAUCACAGGGAGCCAGCGGAUCAAUCAAGUUAGAUCCUGUGAUUCGUCCAGCGAUACCAUCUUCCAGCGCCCAAUCUAUUCAAUUGGCACUAGAACAAGAGGUCAUCAGAUCUACCGAGCUAGAGGAUGCCUUGCCAAUAGUGAAACCAUCUUCGCCUCGCAGGCCGUCGAUUGAUAAUGAUUUAGAUAACAAUUCGGUCAAUGAUGAUGAAAUCGACGGACCGCAAAUGUCAGGAUUUCCGGACAGUCUAAGGUAUAGUGAUCUCGAAGAGCCUCCGUCCUCUCCAGGAAGCAUUGGUAUCAAUCAUCAAACAAUAGAUGCAAUUCUGUGUCGUAGUCGUCCGCUAGAGGCUCAGAAAUCUAGACUUACAGUCGCGCCAGCCACGAGAGAAGAUCAAGAAUAUCCAGUAUUUAAACAGCAAUGCCACUCGGAGAAUAUUGAAGAGAGGUCCGGACAGUCUGGCUUAGAAUAUCUCUCGACCUUGAAUAAGAAGAUUUCUCAGGCGGUCGAACAGAAAACUCAAGAACGUGAACCCAUUCUACAAAUGUCACCUGAGUAUCUAGUCGAGACGUUAAGAACUACCCAGGAACAAUCCGGAAAUUCUAUUGGCUUGCAUAAGAGCGUUGCUUCGGACCGGGCCUCAACUACUCGAAAUGUCGAGACGCGUCUAGAAUCCAAUGUACCACCUUUAGUUACAGGAACUGACACGACAGCAAUUGCUAACUCUAUCUACAAGCCUGAUCCCCCUGAUACCUAUUCUCUUAUAAUACCACACCCUGCAAAAAUGAUAACCUCUGCAUCAUGCGCCCUCCAACAAAACUUGGCAGUUCCAAAAACUAUGACAUAUCCCAAUUCCGACAUUGCGAGCAGAGACGAGUCCAAUGUUUUGGCACCAAACACAGUCACAGUAUCACCGAAUGCUGCUGUUGCACCUGGUAUGCACUCGAACGUUAUCGACUCAGAUAAGAUCUUGGCAGGCAUGACAUCUAAUAGUUCAACCUUUAAUGCGACUGGCCGCUUCAUGUCCAAAUUGUUACCGACACGAAAUCAGCAUCAAGUGGAGAGAUCCCUGAUCAAGACGAGUUCCAGUCUGAUCGACCAGACUGCGGCUUCCCUCACAGCGGCACAAUCUCCCAAAAAUGUCGAAAUUAAGCAGUCACCAAGCUCAAUUCCAGGCAUUCUUUCCGUCGAAGAAACGAGAGAUGAUGAAACUAGUGGAUUCAUGUCAGCAAAUCAGAUAGUAGAGAAAGAAACACAAUAUCGCACUUCAGAGGCCUCCACUUCUGGAGACCAGGGCCCUUCACGGCCUAGAAUCAUUAACCCCGCAACUCGUGGAAUGUCAAUUCAAAAGACUGCCAAGAGAACCCUGCACGCACUUUCUCCACCUGUCAAUCUAAUGGGUCCACCCGCGGCCAUUCUUGGAGGCCUCGGAAGCGGAAGGAACACGACAAACGACAUUUCAGGGAAUUUAGGGAAUGAGAGAGACCUUAAAGGACCAUGGAGCAGAGAGUCCUUUGAUUUGUUUGGAUCGUGGAGGCCUCCUACACAACAGUCGUGA